CUUCCUCUGGCAGUGCCGGCUCCAGAGCCCCGGCAUCCUCCGGCAGCGCCGAUGCUGAGCACGGAAAGUUUCGCAGGGGCGAGAGCCCUGGGAGAGGAAUCGCUGCAGAUGUGGGACCUCAACAAGCGGCUGGAGGCGUACCUGGCCCGCGUGAAGUUCCUGGAGGAGGAGAACGAGGUGCUGCGAGCUGAAAUCCAGAACACCAAGAGCAGCCCGGCCGGGGACUCGUGGCGGGUGAAGUACGAGGAGGAGCUGCGAGCCCUGCGGGAUGCGCUGGAUCACGCCUUCAGGGAGAAGUGCACGGCCGAGCUGGCCAGGGACAAUCUCUACGAGGAGGUCCAGCAGGUGAAAAGCAGGUGCCAGAAGGAGCAGGCAGCCCGAGAAGAAGCGAAGAAGCAGCUGUCCUUGAGCAGGAAGGAGCUGGAGGAGGAGAGGAGAGCACAGAUCUGGCUGAAGGAGAGAGCUGUGCAGCUGGAGAAGGAGGUGGAAACCUUGCUGGAGGUGCACGAGGAGGAGAAAGCGGGGCUGGACCAGGAGAUCGCGAGUUUCUCCCACAGCCUGGAGAGCUUCCGCUGUGCACCGGUGGCUUUCCAGCCGGUGGAGGUGGAGGACUACUCCAAAAGGCUCUCGGAGAUCUGGAAAGGGGCGGUGGAGACCUACAAGACCGAGGUAUCUCAGCUGGAAGGUUCCCUCUGCCAGGCCAAGGAGAACCUGUGGAAGGCGGUGGAGGACAACCAGCAGAGCCAGCUGCAGCUGCAGCACCUGGAGAAGGACCUGGCGGGGCUCAAAGCACGGAAGGAGAUGCUGGAGGAGAGCCUGGCUCAGCAAUGGCAAGAGCAGCGCGGGGAGGCAGAAAAGUUCCAGCUGGCGAUGGAGGCCCUGGAGCAGGAGCAGCAGAGCCUGCGGGUGCAGAUCGCCCGCGUGUUGGAGGACAGGCAGCAGCUCAUGCACCUCAAGAUGUCCCUCAGCCUGGAAGUGGCGACCUACAGGACGCUGCUGGAAGCAGAGAGCACCCGCCUGCAGAUGCCAGCUGGGGAAUUCAGGUUGGCCAAUGGUGUGAGAGAUCUCAGACUGGAGGUGAGCAGCAGCAGCAGCAGCAAACUGGUACCAGCGAGCCCUGAGACCAGGAGGCUGCUGCCCCGAGACCACUGCACCAGCCCCUCCAUCUUCCCGAGGGCAGAGGGGAGGGGGCAGCUAGCAAAACCCCAAAGUGACACCCUGACACCCAAAAGCCAGAGCCCCAGUGCCAGGGAGCUCCAGAAAAUCAGCUCAGUCCUCCAUGCCACGCCCCUGGGAGCCGUGCCCACCCUCAGGCUGCAGUACCCGGCCCAGCUGGUCAGCGAGGUGCUGGAGGAUGCACUCAAGGCCAUGGAAGAUGAUGUUCAGCCCAAAGAAGAGCCCACAUGGGCCCCCCGGGAUGCCUGUGUCCCCAGCCCCAUUUUCCCCACAGAGGCUUGUGCAGAGGCUGUGUCAGAGGGGCCUGGGGAAGAGCAGGACCCCUCCGAGGGCUCUGAGGAUGGUGACAGCCCUGAGGCAGAGGAGAGGGUUGGGGAGGUCAUGCUCCAGGGACUGGGUGUGGAGAGCAGCAUCCUGCAGGACAGAGCCGUGUCCCCACCAGGCACAGCCACUUCCCUGAGUGCCUCAGGGAGCCAGGAAGAUUUGGGAGCGUGGGAGGAGGAGAGGGCACCUGCUGUGCUGAGCCCGAGGGAUCCAGAAGUGGAGGCACGAGAAGAGGACAAGGGUCUCCCUGGACAGACAGUGACCAGCUGGGAAAAGCCAGAGCAAGAGGAGGACAGGGCACAGACCCCAAGCACAGAGCCAUCACACCCCUCAGAGGAUGAGGAGGAGGAGGAGAGGGGACCCCGCAGCCCCUGCAAGGAGAAUGGAGAUUUCCAGGAAGAAGGAACAGAUGUGCAAGAAGAGGAGUGUCCACACAGAGAAGUGGAAGCUGCUCAUGCUGUCCUUGCAGAAAGCCACCUGGUUUUGCUCACAGAAGGUCACCUGGGAGAGAACUUUGUUGAUGCAGAGCAGGAAAGGUCUGAGCAGCAGAAAAUGCCCGUGUGUGAGAUGGAUCUGGCUGCAGAGGAGGAAAGGGGACAGGAGCUGUGCCCAGAGCAGAAGCCCUCGAGUGUCCAUGAGGCCACCCCAGCAGAGGAGGCUUCCUUAGGAGCUGAAGAAGAUGCUGUGGGAGGGGAGGACACAGGCAGAGUGAAAGACGGUGAGGGAGAAAAGGGAGAGGCCAGCAGGGAGGUGCUGGGAGGAUACGAUCAUGAGGCAGGACAGGACCCUGAGGCAGGAGAGGACUCUGAGUCAGAAGAAGACCAUGGGGCAGGAGAAGGCUCUGAGGCAGGAGAGGAUCCCGGGGCAGCAGAGGCUGUGGGAGGUGACACCCUGGAGUGGGAGAGCAGAGCCCCAGAGGAGCCUGAGGACGUGCAGGAAAGCGGCUCUGUGCAAGAGGGGGAGGAACGGGAGGAGCAGGAACCAGGAGAGGAACCCUGGGACGGGGGGGAUGAUGGCCAUGGCCAAGAGCCCUGCCCAGAGGACUGGGAGGUGACAGCAGAGGACACUGAGGGAGUUUUGGGGCCAGAAGAGCCAGCCUGGGCAGAUGACACCCCGAGCAGCGCAGGAAGGCUGAAAAGUGAGGAGAGAGAGGGCACAUUGCCAGCAGAGCUGGAGGGAGCCCAGGAAGAUGAUGAAGAUGCCAAGAGCCAGGAGAUGAGCCAGCAGCAGCCACUGCCAGAGGCUGAGCCAGCACCGGAGCUGGCAAGGCAGGAGCAGCAGGAGCAGCAGGGCACCGUGGCAGAGCCUGACCCAGCCCCUCCAGGUGCCCCUGAGCAAGGGGACAGACAGGACCUGGCUGAGGCUCCAGAGGAGCCGUGGGAGGGGCAGGAUGAUGAUGAUGAUGGUGAUGAUGGGCUCAGCUCGGAGCUGGGGAAGCUGGGGAGCUCAGAGCUUGUAGCACUGAAGCAGGUGCCAGGUGACAGCGUGGAGAGUGGCGAGUGGGCAUUGGAGGAGGUCCCAGGAGACCCAGAGCCCACACUGGGCACCGGCAGGAGGGUGGAGCUGGAGGACACGCUGCCGGACAGCACGCCCUUGCACCUCUAUGAAGGGGAGAUGCUGGCUGUGGGUGCACCCAGCCCAAACCCUCCAGAGACCGAGGAGACAACACAGACAGCGCCUGUGCCUGACACAGCUCAGGAGGGUGAAGGGUGGCUGGAAGACAGGGACAAGCCACCAACUCCCACCAUGCCAGAGAGCCCUGAAGAGGAGGCAGGGGCAGGGGUGGCUGCUGUGGCAGAGGGGGCUGAGGAGGAGGAAGGUUAUUUCAUGGUCUCUGCUCCCAACCAAGAGGUGUCCAGCUUGGAGGAAGCCGAGAUCUCUGAGGACUUUGAAGAAAUUAAAGUAGAAGCAACUGAAGGCAGCCAAGAUGAUCUGGAUGCUCCUGGAGAAGCAUCUCCAGUGCCAGAGAGCAAAGCGCACCUCGAGGGGCUUGUUGGGGGAGCAGAUGAAAAUGUGGAGGUGCCCACUGAAGAACCCGAGAUGCCAAAGGAUGAGGACAGCACUGCUGAGCUGGAGGAAGGCCCAGCUGUGCCUGAAGCAGAUCCCAGCUGUCUCGGGGCCAUGGGACCUUUAGCAGGAGGUACUGAUGAGCCAGCCCAGGGUGCCACUGGAGCAUGGGAGGGACCAGAGCAUUCGGAAGGUUUGGCUGCUGAAUCAGAUGAGGAGCUCCACAACACAACAGAGCUGGAGAGGGAUGUCAGUGGAGCAACAACCCUCCCAGGCUGCAGCCUGGGGCUGGCAGGGCAGGAGGAGGAGGGGGCAGAUGAGGAUGAGCCCAGCAUGGCUCUCCAUGACAUGGCCGAGGCUACCCCUCCAGCAGGGCUCCAGGCCCAGGCAGUGCCCGAUGAAGCAGAGCAGCCUUUGGAAGAGCAGCCAUCCACAGAGGAGGAAACACCCGACAGUGACAGCCCUCCUUCACCCAGGAAUGAGCAGCUCCCCGAGGCCAGUCCUCCUCAGCUGGGCUCUGCACUGGAGCAGGAAAGUUUUCCAGAGUCGAUUCCAGAUAUCCCUGGCACAGCUGCUCUCUCUGCAGAGGUGCCAGUGGAUAUCAUGAAAGACUCGGAUAUUUUGGAAAUAGUUGAGCAGGCUCUGGAAUUCAACCAGGAGCUGAUGGGGGGGAGGGUGGCAGAGGAUGGGCAGCAGGGUCCUGGAAGGAUUGAGCUCUCCCAGGAUGCAGGGGAAGACUCCUCACCUGCCUCAUCCAGUGAGGAGGAGCCGACGGUGCAGGAGGCACCAGAUGCAGUCCCAGAGAUGGAGGGUGUGGUCCGGGCUGAGAACGGGCUGCACCGGGAGGCCAGCCUGGAAGACCUGGCUGAAUUCACUGACGAGGGGCUGAACGGCAUCACCAGCACAGCACCAGAACAGGAGCUCCCCACAGACACCGCAGAGCCCUCCAUGGUGAUGACACCGCAGGUCCCCACCCCUGGAGAUGGCACUGCCACCAAGCUGGGGGAUGCCACCCUGAGGGGGAAGCAUGGUGGAGCCGACCCCAGCCCUGUGCCCCCUGCCCUGGGGGAGGAUGUCCUGUGCCUCACACCCGACCAGCCAGCAGUGUGUCAGCUGAGAGCUGAGCAGGAGCCCUGGUCCUCAGGGGAUGAGUGA